AUGUCGAUCAGAGACAGACCGACCUUCAAAGGAAGAGCCAGCAAUUCUGCUCCCCCAAGGUUGUUCUUUACUCAGGAAGACCUAGAAAUGGUCGUACCUGGACAUACUGAUGGCUUGGUGAUUACCGGGGUGCUAGUUAACUGCCGGGUUAAGAGAAUCUUCAUUGAUCAUGGAAGUUCAGCUGACAUACUUUUUUGGAAUGCUUUCCAAAGGAUGAAUUUGGAUGAACAAGACUUGAAACCCUGCACCACCGAGCUGGAUGGCUUUAAUGGAGAGCCAUCUCCCCCAAAGAGCUACAUAGAUCUGAAGCUGACCUUGGGAAAAAAGGAAGCAUUUCGUGCUGGAAGGGUUCGGUUCGUGGUAGUAGAUGCGUCGUCUUCCUACAAUGUGAUCAUUGGCCGACCUACGAUCCAUGAGUGGGACGUGUUAGUUUCCACCAAACAUCAAGCGUUGAAGAUGGUGGGAUCAAAGAACGAGGUCAUCACUAUAAGAGGAGAUCAGAAAAAGUCUAGAGAAUGA